AUGAUAAAAUACAAUAAGGUGUAUGACAUGGAGGAGUACUACCACAGACUUCAGAUCUUUAUUGAGAACAAUAGAAGGCUUGACCAUCACAAUGAAGGGAAUCACAAGUUCACAAUGGGACUGAAUCAGUUCUCGGACUUGACCUUUGUUGAAUUCAGACAAUCUUUCCUCUUGACUGAGCCCCAGAUCUGUUCUGCCACUAAAGGGAGUCAUGUGAGCAGCAAUGGACCAUAUCCAGACUCGGUCGACUGGAGAAAGAAAGGGCACUAUGGCACAGCCGUGAAGAACCAGGGGCCCUGUGGUAGCUGCUGGACCUUUUCCACUACAGGCUGUUUGGAGUCAGUCACAGCCAUCACAACAGGGAAACUCCUACAACUGUCAGAGCAGCAACUAGUGGACUGUGCUCAGGCCUUCAACAACCAUGGCUGUAAGGGCGGCCUCCCCAGUCAAGCAUUUGAGUACAUCAAGUAUAACAAGGGACUCAUGACAGAGGAUGACUAUCCAUACACAGCACAUGAGGGCACUUGCAAGUUCAAGACUGAUUUGGCUGCUGCUUUCGUUAAGUAUGUGGUCAACAUAACAAAGUAUGAUGAAAUGGGUAUGCUGGAUGCAGUGGCCAGACACAACCCUGUCAGCCUUGCCUAUGAGGUGACCUCUGAUUUCAUGCAUUACCAUGAUGGUGUGUACAAAUCAAAUCAAAUUUUAUUGCCACAUGCGCCGAAUACAACAGGUGUAGACAUUACAGUGACUGAGGAGCAGUCGGCUGACACCACUGGAAGCUCUACUAUGGCAUGGAUAGACACGACGCGAGGCUGCAGAGACCAGGAGGAAGACACUGGGUCAUCCAGGGUUACAGCAGCAACGGGUCAUGGGCAGGGUCUAACUCCAGAGGUGAAUCUAAAGGCUGGAGUUCAGCAGGAAGGGGCUCAGCAGGAAGGGGCUCAGCAGGAAGGGGCUCAGCAGGAUGGGGCUCAGCAGGAUGGGGCUCAGCAGGACGGGGCUCAGCAGGAAGAGGCUCAGCAGGAAGGGGAGGACGGGGCUCAAGGCCAGCAGCAGCAGCCCCAUUCCCUGACCUUUAAGAAGUAA